AUGACUGUCGCAUCAACCAUUCUAAGAUCCAGAGUGAUCCAAAAACCUUUCCAGUUAUUUCAUUAUUACUUUCUUUUAGAGAAACCUCCUGCUUCAACAUUGUCUGAUUUACAAUUCGAAACAGAUAUUUCAAUCUCCCUUAAUAAAUUUAAACAUCAUAAUUGGUCGAUUAAAGAAGUUUGUCAUUAUGGUUUCCUUUCAUCAAUUAUAUUUUUUGUAUUCAUAAUAUUCCCUGCAUCAUUCCUUAUAAAAAUCCCUAUACUUUUAUCAUUUAUACUAUGUUUCUUAAUUCCAUUAACUUCCCAAUUUUUUGUUCAUGCAUUACCAGUAUUUACCUGGUUAGCACUUUUCUUUAGUGCUGGUAAAAUCCCAACUCAUUGGAAACCGGCUAUUUCAGUAAAAGUUUUACCAGCAAUGGAAACUAUUCUUUAUGGUGAUAAUUUAUCGGAUGUAUUAGCAACAGUUACUAAUUCAUUUUUGGAUUUAGUAGCUUGGUUUCCUUAUGGUAUAGUACACUUCAGUGCUCCAUUUGUGGUUGCAGCUUUCAUCUUUUUAUUUGCUCCUCCUACAUCUUUAAGAUCAUUUGGUUUUGCUUUUGGAUACAUGAAUUUAAUUGGGGUAUUAACUCAAAUCUUCUUUCCAGCUGCAGCUCCUUGGUAUAAAAAUUUGUAUGGUUUACAACCUGCAAAUUAUUCUAUGCAAGGUUCUCCAGGUGGUUUGGGUAGAAUUGAUGAAUUAUUUGGAUUUGAUAUGUAUACAACAACAUUUUCUAAUUCACCAGUCAUUUUUGGAGCUUUCCCUUCUUUACAUAGUGGUUGUGCAAUUAUGGAUGUACUCUUCUUAUGUUGGUUAUUCCCAAAAUAUAAAUAUGUGUGGUGGACUUAUGGGUCUUGGCUUUGGUGGAGUACAAUGUACCUUACCCAUCACUAUUUUAUUGACUUAAUUGGAGGUGCUGCUUUAAGUUUAAUUGUUUUUGAAUAUACUAAAUAUAAUCAUUUACCAAUUGUUGACCCAGCUAAAUUUUGUCGUUGGUCUUAUGUUGAAAUUAAUAAAAUCGAUAUUCAAACUAUUGAUCCAUUAUCAUCAAGUUACAUAAGUGUUUCUGAUACUUCAGAUUCAGAAAAUAAUUUGGGGCUUGAUGAUAAUGUAACUAGAUUUGUUAACUAUCCAUACUUACAACAACAACCUAUAUUCCAAGCUCAAUCGUCUCAAUCGAUCGCAGCUCAACUUCCAGUUGAAGAGUUUGAAAUGUCCAGUAUUUCAGUUCCAAGAUCAAGACAAUCUUCAAGAAGUUAUAUUGCAGGAGUAGUUGCUCAUGAUGAUGUUGAUGUCAGUAGUCAUGAAGACAAUUCAUCAUUAGAAAACAGUGCUACUCCAUCUGUAUUUGAUGAUGAACAUCACCAAAUCAGCUCAACAACUUCCACUACAUCUCUUGAAGAUUUAGCAUCACAAGCUAGCUCCUUGCAUCCAUCAUCCAGUAAAAAGAAUCGCUAA